AUGAAUCUGGUGGCCCGGUUCCAGGCUUGGUGGCAGGGUGACUCACGUCACACUGCCAAUGUUGCUCACCAGUCGGGCUCCCCUGACAAACCAGCACUUCAACCUGUGAGGAAAGAUAUCCAAACCUCUAUAGUCCACGAUCGCGUUGCAUUUGUAGAUCUUCUUAUACGCAGUGUCGAGCUGAGAUUCACAAGACGGAGAUUGGUUGCAGCGAUUGAACGAUAUGAGCAAGAAAUCUUGCCACUUCGAGCGACUCUAGAGGGCAUUGAUUGUUUCCUUGACAACAGUAAGGAGUAUAGAGGACCAGAGACAGAACCGAUGAUCGCCAAUUACGAACAACAAGCAGAGGAGACGGGAGAAUAUCUGUAUGGACCACUUGGCUAUCUUGAGAGGGUGGAACAAGCGCGACAAAGACUGGCAGUCACCGAAGCUGCUUCAUCUGAUGUUCUAAAAAAGAUCUAUGCAUCCACCAGAUAUUGGAUCGCCCAUUCCGAGCCGCGUUGUUUCGCCGGGCUGGAGUGUGAUGACGAGCUCCAACAUUCGUUCUUCAACAUCUGUACAGGUGCAGCACGCCUUGAGUCAAAGAUAAAACUGGUCCGAGAGGCAUUAGAGUCAGCGACACUGGCCUGUCAAGGUUUGGUAAUGGCGCGCAGAGAUGCGCGAAGAAAAGACCAAACUUCCGCCACGUCAGAGGACGCAGAAGCGAGAGUCAAGCUUGCAGAUCAAAAUGAUAAAGAAGCUCGAAUGCAAUACAAGAAUGCACGCGAAGCAUUGGACCUGGCUCAAGCAGUUCAGCGCCAGAGAGAGUCGAACUUCGUGGAUACAGAUUUACUCGACGUCCUGAUCGAUAACGGCCUCUGGAUGGACGUACAUUCUCCAAGCAUGUCUGAGCUCAGCGAUCUCAGUAUGAUACCACACCAUGAGCCAAAGAUAACUACUCCGAGCCCAGUCUUGCUGGAUCCAAUCAUUCAAGACCUCGAAUACGCUCGUGAGCAGGUCGCAAUUGCCGAGCGUAACAUUAACGGAUUGAACUUAGACUAUCAAGGAGGUCUCGUCAACUAUCUGGUGCUCUACGGACCCGAGGGUCGUGACCGAUGGAACGAGAGUUUUCGGCAAGACAACGAAGGCAUGUCAUUCGAGGCUGUACUGGAGGAGGAGGAGCAGUUCAGGACGGAAGCGCAGGCGAACUAUAUGCGAUGCAAAGCCGAAGCAAAAAGAUGCAACAUCCAGGACCAACCAUUUACACCCCCCGGGUAUGCGCUGGUUCCCUAUGAAGAAGCGUGUUAUCCACCGGAGAACACUGUUUGGAUCGACAGCACGCAACAAAGACAACGACCGAAGGUCAUGAAAUGGGCAGCCGGGGUCGCGAGAGGCAGCCCAGCUUCAUUCCGAGACGGGACGUCAGUAGACCUCCUUGGAAGUCCACGUCGAGCAGACUCAUGGCCCACUCAACAAGGCAACAGCCCGACAUCUUCCAAAGCAGGGUUGGUACAGCGAGCCAAGAUUGCUAGGAUUGCUAAGACAAAACAGAGCACGAGGGAGAGGAACCGUGCAAGCAGAAAGAUAUGGCAAGAGCGAUUGAGGAAGACAAUGAAACAGCAUGGUCGGGCUGCGAAGCUCGUGGGUGAGGAAAACGGGAAUAUUGACUGGAACAGCUUCUAUUCUGAUCUUGAUCCGCGCUCGGAGCAGAACGAUCCGGGACGCAGAAGUGCGGAGCGAGAAAAUUCAGAGCAAUGGAAUACCGAGCACACAAAUACAGGGCAACAAAGCACAGAGCAAAGCGACUCAGGUCACACCCACACCACUUAUUCGAGUUUUGAGUGGAUAUGA